AUGGAAGAUGCUCGUGAAUUCUACCAACACGAACUCCGCAGCAAUCCGUUGGGUGAGAAGUCGAUACUCGAGUUGAGAUACGUCAAAAAUGCGAAUAUUGGAGACGCGAGAACGCUUGAGGAUUGCGGAUUCACGCUUGUGAGUUGACGCCUGUAACUAUGACUCGUAGCCGUGUUCCUACACUGAUUCAUCAUUCCGGACUCUCUCGCCCCCUCGGCUAUGAUUGUCUCAAUUUGAUGUGUCCCGCUGAAAAGGUGGAAGAGUUUCGAAUUUCAACUGGCAUUGAUCUCAAAAUGAGGCUAUUUUCCAGACUUGCCAAAUCCCGGGCCAGCAAAUCGUCGGCCCGGCCCGGCCCGGUCGGCCCGGAAGUUAGACCUCAAAAAAAAUAUGCAAAAAAAAUAUGAAGGAAGAGGAAAACGCGUGCGGCAAAAUUGCUAAAAUGGCGUGCCAGAGUUGCAAUCAAUCGCUCCGCCCACUCUUGAGAAAAUUUUGCGACUUUAAACAGCAAUUUUUUUUAGGUGCAUCCUCCCGGGCCGACCGGGCCGGGCCGGGCCGGAAAAUUUCCAAUUUUGGCCCGGCCCGGCCCGGUCCGGCCCGUUGCAAGUCUGCUAUUUUCUAGCCAAAAACGAUAAAAAUUGAUGAGAAUGCCAAAAUUCAACCCCAGCCACAUUUCAGUGCAUCGACCUGUUCACGUAUUGGUUCUACGAGAAGGAAACGCUCAAAACGUUGCUGGAUAAUCCGAUAAUUCCGUGGAAAGUGUGCGAUUUGAGCCGAGUGUUUCAAGAGCGAUGCGACGACGGAAAUGGGUUGGAAACGGAACUUGCCGCCCGUUUUUCAUCGCCUUUUUUGCAGAUCUGAAGCCAGAACACACCUGGAUCACGUCCUGAGGCCCGGAAAUGAAAGUGGACAGAUUGAGGAGGAUUUGGAGAGAGAUGUUGGUCAGGAAAUUGCACAAGCACUCGGGAAACUCGGUUUUGAGACGGUGAGAAUUGAGAAAAGUUUGAAGAAUAGAAUGUAAUUUCAGCUUGAGAGUGUGUUCACCUAUUGGCAUUAUGAGCCCGAAGAGUUGCUCAAGGUGCUCACAGAAAACGGACAAAUUUCGUCGGCGCAUCGUUUAUUCAAUCGUUUUCAGCAAAUGAAACACGAAAAUCGGUUGGUUGUGAGCGUUUUAUGCAGAAAAAUUUAGAGUUUAAUUUCAGCGAGUUGGCCUGGAAACACUUGGACUCGCUGCUCCGCAAACGGACAGUAUUCAUUUCGCAUUUGCUCGUGCAAUAG